AGAAUACCCMAAAUUCCCCAUUUUUCCCCCCAAAAUUCCCAAAUUCCCCAUUUUUUCCCCAGGUGACCCCGGAUUCCCUGAUUUACCGCACCCUCCUGAGCUACGACCCCACCCCGGGGUCCCACCCGGCCAUCGUUCGCCGCGACCCCGCCAUCAUCCCCAUCGAGUGCCACUACCCCAGGCGGGAAAAUGUCACGAGCGGUGCCGUGCGCCCCACGUGGGCCCCGCUGAACUCCGCGCUGGCGGCCGAGCAGCAGCUCCUCUUCUCCCUGCGCCUCAUGAACGAGGACUGGAGUGCUGACCGGGCUCUCUCUGGGGUCCGUCUGGGCGAUGUCCUGCACGUCCAGGCCGAGGUGGGGUCCCACAGCCACGUCCCCCUGCGGCUCUUCGUGGAUUCCUGCGUGGCCGCGCUCGGCCCCGGAGCCACCAGCGAACCCCAGUACAGCGUCAUCGACUUCCACGGGUGCCUGCUGGACGGGCGUUGGGAUGAUGCCAGCUCUGCCUUUGUGUCCCCACGGCCCCGGCCGGACGUGCUGCGCUUCCGCCUGGACGCCUUCCGCUUCAGCGGGGUCAGCAAGGGCAUGAUGUACCUGCGCUGUCACCUGAAGGUGGCCCCGGCCGGUGACAGCCCCGACCCCCUGCACAAAGCCUGUUCAUACAGCAGGGCCAGGAACACCUGGGCCCCCCUGGAGGGGACAGGCGACAUCUGCGGCUGCUGCGAACGCGGCACCUGCGGGGACCUGCGGGAACCGCGACAGCGACAGCGACAGCGGCGACACGGGGACAGCGCGGGGGUGGUGGCCGAAGCUGACGUUGUCAUGGGCCCGGUGCUGCUGUCCAGUGACUCUGGAGGACAGCGGGGACAGGGACACAACCGUGUGGCCCCCGCGGUGACCCUGGGGACAGCGCUGGCCUGGGCGGUGGCCGUGGUGGCCGCRGUGGCYGCRGUGGCCGGAGCCGGGCUGGCCCUGGGGCGCUGCCAGACACAGCGACAGGAAACCCCAAAUCACCAAUAAAUCCCAAAUCCCMAAAAUACCRGAAAUCCCAGAAAAUCCUGGAAAUCCCAAAAAUACCGGAAAUCCUGGAAAAUAC